AUGUCCAGAAUUGCAGACACUAUUUCCAAAUUAGCCGUUCCUGUUGGUGUGGCCGUCGUGGCCGCACAGUACUCCUUGUACGACGUCAAGGUCAAGCCGCAAGUUGUUGGCGAAGGACUCAACUUCGUCAUUCCUUGGCUCCAGAGACCAAUCAUCUACGACGUCAGAACCAAGCCAAGAACCAUCACCACCACCACGGGAUCCAAGGACUUGCAGACCGUCUCGCUGACUCUGAGAGUGUUGCACCGUCCCGACGUGAAAAACCUGCCGCAGAUCUACCAGAACCUGGGGCUGGACUAUGACGAGCGUGUGCUGCCCUCGAUUGGAAACGAGGUUCUCAAGAGUAUUGUUGCGCAGUUCAACGCUGCAGAACUCAUCACCAUGAGAGAGACCGUGUCCUCGCGUAUCAAGAGCGAACUCGAGCAGAGAGCCAAGGAGUUCCAGAUCAAGCUCGAGGACGUCUCGAUCACCCACAUGACGUUUGGCCGCGAGUUCACCAAGGCUGUCGAACAGAAGCAGAUUGCGCAACAGGACGCCGAGAGAGCCACCUACUUGGUCGAGAAGGCCGAGCAGGAGAGACGCGCUGCUGUGAUACGCGCCGAGGGAGAGGCCGAGGCGGCAGACAACGUCUCGAAGGCCCUGAACAAGGCCGGAGACGGUCUCUUGCUGAUCAGAAGACUCGAGGCGUCCAAGGAGAUAGCCCAGACUCUGAGCCAGUCUCCGAACGUCACGUACCUGCCUAACGGGUCGCAGAGCGGCGGCGAGUCUGCCUCUCCGAGCCAGUCUCUGCUUCUGAACCUGGGCCGUUAG